GAGAGCUGAGCUGAGCGCGCGCAUUGACAGUCUGCGGAGUUUGGAUUGGCGACUGUCUUUCUGCUCGCGCCUCUCUCUCUCUCUCUCUCUCUCUCUCUGUGUCUCUAUACUCACACACACACACACACACACCCGAGCGUGUGUGUUCUGUCAGCGCGUCUCCAGGUUAUGGACGUCUAACAGAUCAGAAAACAUCAGCUGUCCAUCUACAUUUACUGCGCUGAAACAGAAUACUCAUCGUAAUGGGGAAGCAGAACAGCAAGCUCCGUCCCGAGGUGAUCCAGGACCUGGUGGAGAGCACUGACUUCACCGAGGAGGAGAUUCAGGAGUGGUAUAAGGGCUUCCUCCGGGACUGUCCCAGUGGUGCGCUGACCAUGGAAGAGUUCAAGAAGAUCUACGGCAACUUCUUUCCGUAUGGAGACGCGUCCAAAUUUGCCGAGCACGUCUUCCGAACCUUCGACGCCAACGGGGACGGGACGAUAGACUUCCGAGAGUUUAUCAUUGCGCUGAGCAUCACGUCGCGUGGCCAGCUGGACCAGAAGCUCAAGUGGGCCUUCAGCAUGUAUGACCUGGACGGCAACGGCUACAUCAGCAAGGACGAGAUGCUGGAGAUCGUACAGGCUAUCUAUAAGAUGGUGUCAUCGGUGAUGAAGAUGCCGGAGGAUGAAUCCACACCGGAGAAAAGAACGGAGAAAAUCUUCCGGCAGAUGGAUAAAAACCGUGAUGGUAAACUGUCUUUGGAGGAGUUUGUGGAAGGAGCGAAGAACGAUCCAUCCAUCGUGCGGCUCCUACAGUGUGACCCGAGCAGCGCAGGGCAGUAAGGAGCAGAGCCACGCCCCCUCCUGCAUGACCUCAACACUGCAGCUCUCCUUCAACCUCAACACACAUACACACACAUCAGUGUGAGCACCAACCAGGAGCUGUCUGCUUAGAGAAACACACACACACACACACACACACACACAUGGACUCAGUGACUGGAGUGAAUCCCUCCGUUUUGGUGCACACGCACUGAGACAGGAAAUGGCACCCUCACACAGGAAGUGCUGGUGUAAGAUGUACAUUUUGUGUAAUAUACAGUAGAGUAUGAGUUCUGCUCCGGUCCGAUGACCUCUGGGAAAUGUUGAAAAAAAAAGAUCAGUAAGGUAGUUUAGUUAGCGACGUCAAUUUUAUUAGCCACCAGUUUGUACGUUUUUUUUUGCCCUACAGAUGGACGUGUUAACCUCACUCGAACACAGAGCUCGGAUUAGACACACAGCUGAAGUCAGAUACAAAGGAAAAUGUAUUAAACGUGUGUGUGUGUGUGUGUGACAUGAAAACGUGUGCCUGCUCAUGGAUGGUGAAGAUGUGACUCAAAAACUCGCUGUUAUUGUCCUGUAGAGUAGGAGAGAAAUACGAGGCGUCCAGUGCUGAGGUGACCACAGUAACGCGCGAAUACGCUAGCCACUUCACUAACAUUAGCCAGCUAGCAUUAACCUAAGCGCUUUAGCAGUAUUUAUCACAUCUUACAUCUAAGUUACAUGAAGCUACGCUAUGUUACGUUACUCCCCCCUGAGGUGUUAUAUUCCUGUUACGCCACACCAAUUCGCUACCACUGGAAUUUAUUAAGAGCUACGUCAUCACUUACUUUUUAUCUGUCUCACGUUCUAGCUGUCUUCCAGAAACGCUGCAUCAACACCUCUGUACAGGAAGUGGAAAACCGUGAGCUGUUACUAUAGAAACGCUAAGGUAUUUAGCAGCGCCGUGGUGUAAAGCGGGUGUGUUCGCUAACGAUAGUACUAGUGUUAAAAAGCUCCGCCCCCUUUCCUGAGCACCAGGAAACUGGGGACACAAAUCUUUCUCAGGAUCUUCUUCGUGCUUUGAUUAGAUUUGACAUUUUAUCACUUUUAUCCGCUGUCUGAGAGAAGCAGAGUCGUGGCGGCAAGCUAACCACUAACACAUCUAACACGUCUAAUCACGUUUCUGAUACACUGUGAUCGGCUCUUUUUUUAUUUUAAUUUUUGGAUCAGACCUCUGUCAGCUUUAUUUGGUUUUUUGAUUUCGUCCGGUUCGUGUUCGCUUGGAAUAUCAGAAAAUGUUUUUGUACUUGAAUGCACAGCUAACAGCGAGACAGAGACUUAUCUUAAAUAGAUAGAUAGAUAGAUAGAUAGAUAGAUAGAUAGAUAGAUAGAUAGAUAGAUAGAUAGAUAGAUAGAUA